AUGGCCCUCACAAAAUGGAUUGUCUGGGGACGUAUGAUCGAAGGUGUGGCCACCUUGGGUGGUGCAGGUCAAGAGAACUCCGAGUUAUGGCUCAACAGAGCAAGGACUCUGGUAGAGCAAUGGGAGGCUUUGCAUGGACGAAAGGGUGAACCCGCAGGACUACAUGCAGGUGGUAUGAAAAUCUACCAAGGAUGGAUGGCCGGUUUAAUUGCAGCCCGAGCACCAUUGACAGCAAUGUCACAAUAUCUCGUCCACCCGCUUUUACCCCUCGAAGAGCUCAUGGGGGCUUUGAAACCCUCGGAUCUUCCAGUGGCUUAUGAUUCUUUAGAGAAACUUGCUCGACGUCAAGGCCUUCGCGAUCUCGAAGAUGCCGUCCGUCAGCUACAAGGUCUUGAAAAAGAACGAAGGGAGAUGCAGGCCAGGGCAGUGGUAGAGGAAGUUCGCCCUGUUCUUGAGUCGGACGGAAGAGGCCGUCGAAAAGGUGCAGAAAAACAAAUCGUCGAAUCUGGACCGACCAAUGUGCGCUUCACAGUGGAAAGUCUUCGAAAAACCCUUUCAGCUAUCUCCUCCCCUUCUGUCCCUUACAACCGACAGCUUGAUCUCGAACGCGCAUCUUUGGAAGGUGCCAGAGCCGAGCUAGCACAUUCAGCCCAGAAGAUGUUAGAACAGCGUAACACGUCGAUAACCGAUGCUCAGAUGCUCCAGCGCGAACGUCUUCAGAGUUGGAUGCACGGAUGGCUCGGAGAACUCACAGAGAGGCUGCGUCAGUCGAUCAAGGUACUCGCCACCAAAGAUGAAGGUGUGACUCCUCAUCAGAGGGAUGUGCUGCCGACGAGCUUCAAAGCUGCAGGAAUGCAGAAUCAAUACCUCCUGCUUUACCUCACUGUCCUCCCACCGGAGAAACUGGCGUUAAUCACCAUCCUUGAGGUGAUGCGGAUGAGCGGGAGUGGUGGGAUCGUGGAUGGAAUGAAAGCGCUUCGUGGGAUCAUGGCCGUCGGUAAAGCAGUAGAAACCGAGUACAGAGCAGAGACAAUCAAGUCAGUUGGAGGUGUUGACUCACCUUUGUGGCUGAAAACGAUCGAUCCUCAGACUCAAAAGCCCAGUCGUCAGCUUAUCUCGCAAGUGUGGAAUCAAGUCGGCCAAUCUCGCCACCGGCCAAACAAAAGUACAUCUCAGGACCUCAAGGACACCGGUCUGGAAGCUGUUUGGACACCCGCGUGGUCACCACUUGUACAUGCCAGUCUUGGAGGUUUCCUGGUCGAUGCGCUUUUGUCCACAGCUAAGGUUGUACGAGAGGCGACUGAUCCAGACACUGGGGAGAAAAUUGUUGAGGAACAACCGGCCUUUGCACACGAAUACGAAUACCUUUACGGGAAGAAACUAGGAGUCAUCAAAUUGAAUCCGGUUGUUGCGGCUCGACUGGCACGAGACAGUCUUCACGUCGUCAUACAUCCUAGACAUUUGCCAAUGCUCGUCCCCCCGAAACCCUGGACGUCCCAGGAUGAUGGCGGGUAUCUGGUACACAGAGUUCCUGUUAUGAGAUAUAAAGAAUCUGCAGAACAGCAGAUAUACUUACGUAAAGCGUUCGAAGCUGGUCAUCUGGAACCUGUUUUCCACGGAUUGGAUGUCCUUUCUGGAACUCCUUGGACCAUCAAUCGUAAAGUUUUCGAUGUGGUAUUAUCCGCUUGGAACUCUGGCGAUGCCAUCGCCGACUUACCAGCUUCCCAGGAGAAAGCUCAGUAUGAUUUCCCCGUCCCUCCAGACCCCGACAACUCCGAGCCUCAAGAUCGUACAUCCUACGUCGUGAGGAUCAGAUCGGUACUCGCUCAACAACGUAAAGACCAUGCGGAGCGUUGCAAGUUCAAUUACAACCUCGAGAUCGCUCGAUCUUAUCUGAACGACACCUUUUAUCUACCGCACAAUAUGGACUUUCGAGGUCGGGCGUAUCCCAUUCCACCUCAUCUGUCCCCUGUAGGAGACGAUUUAUGUAGAGGGCUUUUGCAGUUUGGGGAGAAACGUACCUUGGGAAGGGCUGGAUUGAAGUGGCUCCAAAUUCACUUGGCGAAUGUUUACGGUUACGAUAAAGCUUCUUUCGAAGAACGAGCACAGUUCGCUGUAGAUCACGAGAAAGAAAUCUUCAAUUCUGCCGAUAAUCCAUUAGAUGGUCAAAGAUGGUGGUUACAAGCGGAAGAUCCUUGGCAGUGUCUUGCCUCUUGUUUCGAUCUAGCGGCUGCUCUGAGGUCUGAAAAUCCGGAAGCGUACGAAUCGGCACUCCCGAUCCAUCAAGAUGGAACAUGCAAUGGGAUGCAACAUUAUGCAGCCUUAGGAGGGGAUGUCAAUGGUGCUCGAGCUGUCAACUUGGAGAAUGGAGAUAGACCGGCGGAUAUCUACACAGGAGUGGCCGAUCUGGUCAAUAAGGCCAUCGAGGCGGAUAAGAAAGUAGGUGUACCUAUGGCUCAAUUCAUCACAGAACCGUUGGAAAGGAAGGUAGUGAAACAGACUGUCAUGACUACUGUGUAUGGAGUAACAUUCGUCGGUGCUAGGGAACAAAUCGCUAAGCAGUUAUCGUUGAGAACGGAUAUACCACCUGGACAAUUGUAUCAGCUCUCGAUUUAUGUUGCCAAAGCUGUACUCUCAAGUAUUGGAGAUCUUUUCGUCGGUGCGAAACACAUAAUGGAAUUCCUUACCAUUUGCGCUCGACUGAUAUCUCGUUCUAUCCCACCUUCUCGUGUCGCCGAAGCUUCCAUCAGAUUACACAAAACCGAUAGUAAAGGUCGCGUCAGAUUAUACGAUCGAUUACCUAAAGAAUUGAUGACUUCUGUCAUUUGGACAACACCUUUAGGUUUACCGGUAGUUCAACCAUAUCGAAAACCAACAAAGAAACAAGUGAUGACAGCUCUUCAAUCCGUUUAUAUCAGUGAUCCCAAUGCUCCAGCAGAAGUCAGUCCACAAAAACAAGCAUCAGCUUUCCCACCAAAUUUCAUUCAUUCACUCGAUGCUACACACAUGUUACUCACAGCUUAUAAAUGUAAACAAAACGGUAUAACCUUUGCUUCCGUACAUGAUUCUUAUUGGACACAUGCGGCGAGUGUGGAACAUAUGAGUGAAUUGAUAAGGGAUACAUUCAUAGAUUUACAUUCUCAAGAUCUUAUUGGGAAUCUAAGAGAAGAAUUUAUUGAAAGAUAUGGAGAUCAUAUGAUUCCUGUUGAAAAAGCUAGGAAGAUUGAUCCUUCUUCCAUCCGUCGUCGAAAAACUGGGAAAACUUCUGGUCAAGAAAAAGGAGAUAAAAUCGUCUCAGGAUUAUCGGACGAAGUUAUCGAAGAGAUCUCAUCAAACAGUACUAUUAAUACCUCGGACGAAGUUAUCGAAGAGAUCUCAUCAAACAGUACUAUUGAUACCUCGGACGAAUCAUUAGAAGAGGAACAUCAAGAAGUGGAAUUGGAAGAGGAAAUGUCAGAUGGUCCGAUGAGUGUAGGGAAAUCUAUGGUGGAAGUCAUAGAGAAAGGUGUUGGAAAAGGAAAUAAACCGGAAUUAAGCGAAGAUGAUGUGAGGUUGUUAGGUGUGGAAACUAAGAUUGAAAAGAUAAACGGACAGGGUUUCGUGAGGUUUAGAGAUAUAAUUCCUCCUACACCGGAAAAAGGUAGUUUUGUGGUGGAUAGAGUGAGGGAUUCUUUGUAUUUCUUUUCGUGA